CUACCGGUAAACAGCUUGAACACUUCUUGGCGGGCUCCAACCCCACUUUCACUUGCACGACCUCAACACCCCAAAAUUUCAAACUAUUGCGUGAUCAAACACGAAAAGAAGCCGUCUGCCCUUUACCGGGUUCGAUUUUCCGGCUUUCAGGGCUGCACAAAAGCAAGCGAUUAGGUGACAGAAAGAACUCCGGCCAAUCAUAGAAUCAUCUCCCUUUGCAAGGGCUGCUUCUCUAGCAUCUCAUGGCUUUGAAUUUGAGCAGUGGGAGGAGGAGAUGGGCGUGCCGAGCGGCGAGCAGAGGAGGGAAGGGAGGCGCAGGCUGCCGCCAUUUCCACGUCCACCACGUCCCGAGCCAGGUCUGGGCCUCGCCUCUCCUCCGGUGGCCGACUCGCUUCUCGCUGCUGCCUUAUCUGUUGGUCCUUCCGGUGCUUUUCUUAGCCGUGCUUGCAUUUCUCGUGUGUUUCGGCUGGUUCACCCUGGUCUAUUUCGUGUCGUCCUUGUGGAGCAAAGAAAAUGAUCAUGAGCUAUGCGUGAGCCGGAGCGCGAACAGUGCCAGCGAUGGUGGUGAACCGCGCGGGGAAGACGGAGAGGAAAGAGCUGUGGAGCGAGUAACAGAGCCUGAUGGUGAUUAUGGCCUGUCAGAAGUUUGUGUUGAAGGGCAGGAGAUAAAAGAGGUGUUCGAAGAUGGAUUCUCUGAAGAAUUUCAGCUCAUAUCACGGAUGGCUUCACCCGAAAUCUUUAUCGAUGACAAAGAGCAUGCCAAUGAGGAGAAAAUUGUGAAAGAAGUGGUGAUGUUUGAGACAAACAAGGAGCUAAAAGCAUUUUCUGAAUUGGAUGAUUCUUUAGAGAAGCAUCAGCAGGUAAUGGAUAGUCCAAUUGAGUGUUUUCUUGAAGAACUUAAUGCUAGAUGCAGAGAGGUUAGCACCUCACUUAAUACUGCGAAAUUAGUCGAUGUGCCAUAUGUUGGAGAAGAAUUUGUUGCAAACAGGAAGGAAAUGUCAGUUUUGUGUUCGUUGGAGAUUUUGGAAUUUAUUGACAAGCAUGAUACUGCAGAAAUAGUAGUUGACAGCGCUGGGAGUGAUUUUGAGAUUCCAGAGGUUCCUUCUUCCGAUGAUUCAGCCCACCAUGGUAUUUUAAACGAACACAGGAAGGAUGUCAACCAAGAACAGAGCAUAGCAGAAAUAUCAGUUAACAGUGUUGUUAACCAUAACAGGAUACCUGAAGGCAUCCUUGACGAAUGGCAAGAAACACAAAAUCUAGUAACUGAGCACAACAAGGUACCUGAAGAUGAUUCCAUGGAAGAAGAUGGAAAGCAGAUCGUUAGUACUUCAGAUGAACCUCAAGAUUCUUCAUGUGAAACAGUCAGGUUGGCAGGUUAUGUGUGUGAAAAUGAAUCUCAAACUUCUGCAUCUGCUGUUUGUGACCAAGCUACUAGUGACCAAGAUUGUGAACUUGAAGAAGAGGGUAUUAAGAACAAGAGAGUAGAGACAUCAAAUUCUGCAUCUGAUGUUUGUGAUUUCGCCGACAACCAUUGGAGAAUAAUAGAACAACUUGAUGGCUUUGCAAGGGAAGAAAGUAUUCACAAGGACGGUUUACUAGAGAAUUCAGCCCAUGAAACGAUUAGUGAUGAGGAUGAUGAUAGAAAUGAUAAUUGUACCUCCACGGGAUCUUCACGUAGACUGCCGUUCAUUAAGAGGUCCCCGUCACAGUGGUGGAAUUUAUGUGGAGUCCUUGAUGUGUUUGCUGGAGGUGAAGACUAUUGAGAUUUUCAGAGGCCGUCAGGGAAGCAUUAGGUCCAUCCUAUUAUGCUAUCAACAAUAUUUCUCAUGGCUUGAGUUUUGUUUUUCUUUAAUUACCUGCCUUCGCUCUUGGCACUAUUAUGUGCGCUGCUGUGGCUUUGACUGCUUGUUUGUUUUAUAUUUUUCAUUCACUAUGUUUUGGGAAGCUUUAGGCCUCUAUGAAAUGUUGAUUUUUUUUGGGACUAAAGGAUUGCAUUGAUGAUUUGCGGUGAGCCCACAUCUUUUUGAGUUUUUGACUGAUUGUUUUUCUUUCUUCUUUUGGCCAAAAUUGGCUGUUGCAAUUCUUCCUUCUUCCUUCAUCCUAGAGAUUGAAGAAAGCUAUACUGAUUGUAAUUGGUAUGAAAUGGAAAUACAUCUUGUAAUUUGUAAA